UUUCUGCACAAAGCCCCAUUCAUCCGGACCUGCGCGAAGGCCGACGAGGCGAUGUGCUGAUGCUGCCCGCUCCGAUGCCCGGCCGUCGCCCCUCCGUCAAACGCAGCGAGCGCUAGCCCUGUUCGCGCGGCUACCGCUCCUCUUCUCAGCUUUUUUCUUCCCCGAAUGUGAGCGCGGGCGGGUCCGCUACGGGUGCACGAGCUGAGAGCUCGUACGGAUUCCCUUUCCCGCCGACGGACAGGGACAGGGCCAGGGAGUGACACGCACAGGAGGAAGUGGGAACAGGUUACUGUAGUUUAUCUGAACUGACAAACAGUCAGACGUUGCAACAGAGAACCAUUCAAGCCAGCAAUGAGAAGACAUCAACAGGUGCCACAGAGAUGGGUCUGUAAAGCCAGGGAGAAUCUGUAACUACGGGCAAAAAUCGCAUUACCUUAUUGGCACCUGGUAGACAGUCUCAUCCAGAGCCACUCAUAAACAGAAAACAACAGGAAUAUAAAACUGCAAUAUAGGCACAGCAGGCCUGUUCAUAACUGAGCAAGCUAACAAAUAGCGUUGUCAAUUUAAGUAAAUAACUUUAUUGCAUUACUAUACUACCAUCACAUCAAUGGCAAAUUCAAAGUGAAUGGAAUAUAUGUAUACGGUCUAUGAAGUAAACCGAGUUUAUGAAAAUAGACUGAGACAAUAAAAAAGACCGCCUUCUUUCCUGGUGACUGUCGCGUCAGAAAUGGGAACUAUGUUAAUCCAGCUGCUGGGCUUCUUCCUCGGCCUUCUGGGAUUGCUGGGGGCCAUGGUUGCCACGGUGAUGCCGCACUGGCGCCGCACCAUGUCGGUGGGCUCCAGCGCCCUCACCGACACGGCCUACAUGAAGGGCCUGUGGAUGGAGUGCGUGUGGCACAGCACGGGCGUCUACCUGUGCGAGCUCCACCGCUCGCUCCUGGACCUGCCCCGGGACCUGCAGGCCGCCCGGGCCCUCAUGGUGCUCUCCUGCCUCGCCUCCGUGCUGGCGGCGGCCGUCUCCUCCGCGGGCAUGGAGUGCACCAGCUGCGCCCGCGGGUCGCCCGCCAAAACCGCGCUGGCGGCGGGCGGGGGGGCGUGCUACGCCGUCGCCGGCCUCCUCUGCCUGGCGACCGCGUCCUGGACCACCAACGACAUCGUGCGGGAGUUCUCCAGCCACCAGCUGCCCGGCGGCGUGAGGUACGAGAUCGGCCAGGCCGUCUACGUGGGCUUCGUCUCGGCCGCCUUCAGCAUCGCGGGCGGGGCCGUCCUCUGCCUGUCCUGCGGGAAGUCCCCCAAGCACUCCCUCUGCCGUCAGAAGACCCACGAUGCACUGCAGCUGCUGCCCAUGAAGUACCAGCCCCCGGUGGCUGAAACGGGGACCGACCUGCCCCCUGGAUUGUCCGACUCUAUUAGCGGAUACAAACUAAACGACUACGUGUGAGCGGCGCUGGACAGGCUCUGUUGUCAGAGAGAUGUAAUUGCUUGAAUCUUCAGUCGCGGUUUUUUUGAAAGCUGUUCUACGAGUGAGUUUUACCUGCAUUAUCAGAUGCCUGCUUUCAGCACCUUUCUCAUCUUUAUGUCAUUAGUGCAGUCCUCUUAGACUUGGACAUUGACAACAAUGCAGUAAUCCUCUGAUUUCUCACUAGGAGAUAUUUAGCACUAAUAUAUUUGUCUUCCAUUGUCAUUCACAGGGAAAGCAUUUAAUACUGAAGCUAUCAAACAAUAUUUUGGUUGCCUGGAUUGCAGGUUCAUGUACCAUAUAAAAGGUGGGAAUGCUGGUGGAAGAAAUGGCUGUAUAUUGUUAUUUGCUUCAUUAUUGCAGCCGUGUUUGAAGUAUCUUUGACCGUGUUUGCCUUAUCAAUCUUCUUAAAAUAACCGUUCACUCUACAAAUUAGGCGAGAGGUAUCAUUCUUCUAUCAAUCUAUCUUAAUUAUCAAAAUUUGAAUUAAUAGUGGGGUAAACUAUAAACUGGUAAAUAUGCCCAUGUCUUUUAAAUGUUGAUUUAAUUAAUAUAUAAAUUGUAAGUAUGUACAGUAUAUUCAUAAGUAUGCAAAUCAAAUAAAUGUAUUUCUGACACCAACCGUAUAGCCAGUUGUCUAACAAAUAAAAACAAUCUGAUUAUGUGUUUUCGUAUCCACACUUCUGUCCAGGGUAUAACAAAAAGAGAUUAAUGUCCUCCCUGCUGAACUCAUUUUAACCUUGACUUGUGGGUAGUCCAGUAAGUUUGAUCAUUUCCCCCUCUGGACUUAGUAGAGCAUCUCACUGUUGCUCUUGGGUCCCUUCCAGUGCGGAAUCAAUGCAAAUGAAUUGUACAAAUCGUGAUGAAGGGGCAAAUUUCUUUGCUUCAUUUUAUUUACAUGGACAUUAAUCACAAUUUAUAGUUUUUAGUUUAUUGUAGAAAAAUGGGUCUAAAAAUAUUACACAGGGGGGUGUGUUACCUGAUAUACCAGUCUUUAUCAGCCUAUAUUGUCUGAUAUAUUAGCUUUUUUAUGAUCUCUUCUUGUGCAUGUGUUCUAAUGUUCUGAAAUUGUCAACAUGAUUUCUUUUUAAUGCAAUGAAAAUAAAUUUACAAUGUGCUUA